CGACAACUCGAGUCCACCGCGUCGGGGUGUCGGGGUCGAGCGUUGCGCUGCCUUGCCAGCUCCCGAAGCUUCCAGCGGCUCCAGCACUGGUGUUGUGGUACAAAGAUUUAUCCACUAAACCUUUCUACAGUUUUGACGGCCGACUGGACGCAGGUACAGGCAGCCAUAAAAUCCACGACGCUUCCCCUCUCGGAACCCGCACAUCUUUCUCGCCGCUCUAUCGCAGGGAGCCAUAUGAGGGCAUCGUGGGCGAGCUGCGCGUUAACAAUCUGGGCAGAGCUGACUCCGGCAACUACACGUGCCGGGUGGACUUCCUUCAGUUCCAGACUAUGAUGACGAUGGUCACACUUGACGUGCACGAACCAGUGGAAAGUCUCGUGGUUGUGGACCUGUAUGAAAGUGAAGUGAAAUCCGUGGCAGGGCCGUACGAAGAACAAAGCUCGCUUUACCUCAAAUGCAGAGCUGGUGGAGGCUACCCCCAACCCGACUUGGAGUGGAUUAUUCCAGCGCCGGGAUCGAUCGAAGGCAUUCGGCCUCCAUCAGCAACAUCAUCGUACAGUCUUUCAUCUUUCACAUCUUCAUCUUACACAUCAGCAUACACGGGAUCAGGAACUGUCGAAGCUGUCCUUCAAGUUGCAGAGCUACGGCGAGGCGAUCAGGGACGACGAUUCACUUGCAGAGCCAAUAACAGCCAUCUCAUCGAGCCUCGAACCCAAACAGUCUCCUUGGAUAUGUAUUACGGUCCUCUGGCCGUGGAACUUAAUGGCUUAGACUCAGCGCUGCUGGCCGGGAAGCCGACAGAAGUCGAAUGUCGAACAGGAGGAUCUCGACCGCCUCCAGACUUCAUUUGGACACCGAAACACCUAUUCGAAACUUUGGGGCCUCCGAUCGUAACUGAUUCCGGUAACUUGAGCGUCUCGCGAGCGCGUCUGCUGGCGAGCUGGGAGGACGACGGACGGACGGUUUCUUGCACGGCCACCAACCCUGCAGUGUCCCGCUACAGCCUCCAGGCCGUCCGGAAACUCGUUGUUAAAUACCCACCUCGCGUGGAGGCACACUUGGCUCGUUCCCUGGACCCCGACAACAUCAAGGAGGGCGACGACGCGUUCUUUGAAUGCCGCGUGAACGCCAACCCGAGCCCUCGUGCCAUCGUAUGGCUGCAUGAGGGCAAAGAAAUCGUGGAGGGCUCAGGGUCAGGGAGCAGACUUUUCUUGCACGGUGACAACCUGGUCUUCCAAGGCCUCAUGAGGGGAGCUGAGGGCAACUAUCAGUGUCGAGUCACCAACGAUCUCGGCACAGCGCUCAGUGUACCUACGCGUAUCAGUGUGCAGUAUGCUCCUGAAUGUAUAGAAAAGAACAACAACACAGUGUCAGUGUCGCCCGAUGAAGAAGCCAAUCUCAAGUGUGACGUCGAUGCUUCACCGAAAGACCAGAUGAAGUUCCGCUGGGCCGUGAACACGACAAAAGGCUUAAUUGACGUGGAUCCUGUUCGUUAUACACAAGACGGUCCACUGAGUUACCUUAGCUACAAGCCUUACAGCUACCAAAUAAUUCACCAAAACAUGGAAGACGAGAUGAGCGACAACAAAGAAAGCCUUGGAGAGGAAGAGGACAAAAUGCCGCCUCCUGUCGAGUCCUUUGGUGUAGUGUUUUGCUGGGCGCAAAACAGGAUUGGUUGGCAACGGGAGCCUUGUACCUUCAUAGUCAAGCCUGCAGGUCCGCCCGGAGAAUUGGUGUCGUGUUCGCUGGUGAACCAAAGCGCCACGUCCCUGGCUGUCAGUUGCGUGCCAGGCCACAACGGAGGACUCAGGCAGACGUUCAACGUCAAGGUUUUGGACGAACUUUCUGGGAAUCUUGUAGCGAACGUAACAUCGGCCUCACCAGAAGUGCUCGUGACGAGCUUAGCUCCGGGCCGAGAUUAUCUGAUCGAAGUUGUGGCUGUGAAUGCCAAGGGUACUUCCAGUCCAGUUAUACUGCAAGGAUUUGCACUCAAAGUGGCUGAAAAUAAAAUUCAUUCCCUGAGUCCGGGGCCAAGCAACUCCCUGCUGGUGCCAGUGUUCGCCGGAGUCCUGGCGGGAGUUUUGAGUGUAGCCAUCUUGCUUCUUAUUUUUACCAAAGUUAGGCGCAAGAAAAGACGCACUCGCGCCGAACUUCAGCCUCCGGGAGAACAUGCUCCACUCUCUGGUUCAUCGAACGGUUCUCUGGAGGAAGACGAUGGGAUGGGAGAAAUAAAGACUUCUUGUCCAGCAACUUACCGUUCCAGACCACUCACACCUGAGACACCUCCAGCUAUUGGCACAACUUCACUUAAGACCUACAUGCCGGUCGAAACCUCCACAGGCUUUGAUACUCCAUCGAAUCCAUCUUUACCGUCAGCCAAAUCUCCAGCAGAGAGACCCCCUAAUCUCACCUGUUAUCAAACGUUACCCACUCGUUCGAAAGAUCGGUGUGGCAGCAUCCCUGACGUUGCUGCUCCAGCUUGCACUCCACCUUUAACUUCUCCUUUGGAUUCCCCUGUUCUUCGAGGUGAAGACGGCAAUGAAAAAAAUUCAAGUGGGAAUUCUUUAUCAAGACGAGGUCUUAGAGGUCAGCCUUUAACGGCCCUCGUGGACAGAAUUGGAUCACCAGGUUCGAUAGGCAGCGCGACAUCUCAUCAGUAUUACACCUUGAAAAUUAACUGCACACGGAGACACAAUGAGAGUUUCGUUUAAUUUGUUUUAGUUUUUACGUAUUGACCGUCGUAACUCUCAUUUAAAUAAAUGACAGGUUUUAAUUUGUUUUAUCAUGUUUAUUACCGAUGGCAACCUCAAUGAAUUUACAGUUAAAACAUUGAAAGUAAAUUCGAGGUCGUUGUUGAUGCAAGGAAAUAUUUCUUUUCAUUACCGUCAUCUUACCUGUUUAAAGUCAAUCAGAAACUAGAAUUGUGUCAGCUUCUCUCGUUCUUUUAUAGAAAGACUUUUCGAAUAGUUUAUGCAGAUGAAAAUAAAAUAUUAAUUUUGCAUAGGCAAGCCAGCGUUUCAUUCUUUCUAAUGAAUUGUUGUAUCUUAUCGUCGAUACUGACAUUACAGAUAUAUUAAUGAAGAUGUAAAUUGCUAGUAAAGUGAUGCGGUAAGAUGGUAUCGCCGCUUGUGAUAUGAAAGUUAUAGAUACGGGAAAUUUUGCCCGAAUGAGAGAAGUGUUAAGCGAUCGAAGAAACAGUAUAAAUUUCGUGCUCGAUACCUGAAGUUAUCAAUGUGAGGACAGGUCUACAUUCAUGACUAUUUUCAACUUUAGAGACUCUCUAUUAUUCUGUAGGUUAAUUAAAUCCGUCAAGCUCACGCGACAUUAAAAUAGUACGACAAUCGCAGAAAUGUUGAUCAGUUUUACCACAAAGAACUAUUAUUUGUUAUUCCAGGACCCUUCGUUGUGCACAGCUAGGAAGAAAUAAUUAUAUUGGGGUAAUGAAAGCUGAAAAGGAAAUUGAUAGGUCAUUUUGCUGAGAAACGCAAAUGACUUUUAAACUGAAAAACAUGAUAUAUCAAGUACUAAAAAUAACUCUAUUCAACUGCUCUUAUGUUAUCCAGGUUGAAGAAAAGAGUUUGAAGUUAAUUUUGAGUCUCUGAUUCGAAAUUCCCUCAAAAUUCUUGCACUUCAAUAUUUUUCCUAAUAUGAUAAAAGUUGCUAAUUUCAAUUAAAAAAAGAUAUACUGGGCCUGAAUUUGCUCAUUGUAGCAGCUAAAUAUUUACAUAACUGCGUAAUUCAUCAGUAAAUGUUGAUUAUAUUUGGUCCGAUGAUUGGCAAAAAUGAUCGCCUUGUCAUGUAUCAGGAAAAUUUUAAAAAAUUUUUGAACUUCGGCAUGAUUGAUAUCAAUGGAAUUAAAUAUCCCUCCUGAAGGGAAUGAUUACAAGGUCUUCCGGUUCAAAGACGUGCCACACAGUAAGGAUGAGAAUUCAUUUCGUACAAAGCAAAGACACAUAUCCAGUAAUCUAUCAUUAGAGUAUCAGUAAGGGCUCUAUUUCCUUUAAAUCAUUCCUUCCUCGAGAAUUUUAUUUUAUAUUCGGUAUCAAGUGAUAUGAAAAAAGUUAAAGCGUCGAUAUAAAUAUUUUUUUUCUGUCCCAAAAAAAACAAUAUGUUUGUUUCGUGCAACGUUUCUGAUGUAGAAAAGAUUACGUUUUGUGUAACAUUAAAGUAUUAAUUCUUUGUGAGAGCGUUUUCUUAUCUUGGUUCAGUCUCAGUGAGUUUAUUCACUCAGUCUUGAACUAUCAAAUUCGAAUAUCAAAUCUCAUUUUGUUCCUUGUGUUUUUAGAAAAAUCUCCAUGCGUUUCAAAAAUGGAUAUAGUAUGAAUUUUAUGACCAUAUUUAAAUAGAUUUUACAAAUCAAAGCCAAAUAAUAUCAAUUCAUAAAU